AUCAAUAAGCUGGCCGCAUUACAGUUCAAUUUCAAACGGUCGCGAGUCAAUGUCACGGACACCGUCCACCACGGCGGGACACUUUUCCGGCUCGCGGUUUUCGAUUCUUUAACCAGAGAGAGAGAGAGAGAGAGAGAGAGAGAGCAGACUGAAAGUGAUUCUUCAGUGGUUCUCGGGUGUGUCGACUUUUGGUCCGGAAACUAUUCAUCAAAUUUGAAGCAGAUUAAUAAACAAGUGCAUUUACAGUGGUGGUGAAAGUGGUGCAACACAGAUAGAGCGAGGAAACGUGGUGGUGGUGGUGGUGGUUUGUGGUGACGUACUCGGCGCGUCGGCACAAUGCCGUCGGUACGUGUGAUUUUCGCCGUUGCCGUGUGCUUGUCGGCCACUGUUGUGGCAAGUGUGGAUGAAAGUGAGCCAAAUGCGCCUGAUGAUACCGUUGUAAUUGAAGCUGCUCAACCGCCGCCCCGUCAGCCCCGCCAAGUGUGGCUGAACGCGCACGUACCGCAUGCCGACUGGAAGCAGACGCUCGGCGACGGCAGCCCCUGCCUAACCGCCAAGGGCCAUCUCGGCUUUUGCACCUCGUUCCGCAAGUGCUAUCCCUACUUCAAGGUGCCCGAUCUGAGCGUCUGGGAGUCGUGGGUGCUGGGCAACUACGACACCUGCAGCUACUUCAACGAGCAGGGCCGCCAAGCGUUCGGUGUGUGCUGUACCAAUCCCAUCACACCGCUACCGAUCGACUCUAACCCGGUGAUCGAGGCCGCUCCAGGGGUGAUGUUGCCCCCACCGGCCAGCACGGGGCUCGGCUCGGAACCCAACAAACCGCCCAACAAGAACAACAACUACCCGAGCUGGCCACCACCAAUUCCGACCCAUCCGCCCGACCACACGCCGGCCACCCAUCCGCCCGCGUUCGGUGGCCCACCGGCACCGACCACCGUCUCGUCCGUCGUUGACCCUGCGGCGUCCGAACCGACCCAAAGGCCGACGACCACCUGGCCAACCCGACCCCGUCCACCGCAGGUUCCGAAUCAACCGACGCCGGCGCCACCGGCCCAACCGAUCGGCGUUUGGCCACCGCCCGUACCGACCCAUCCGCCGCUGGAGAUCUCCACCCUGCCACCCUCCUCGUCCGGCGUCGUCGUGAGCGAUCCGUCCAAUCUUGGCUGUGGCGUGAAAAAUGGCAAUCCGGACACAGAACGAAUCGUCGGAGGUCACAAUGCGGACCCGAACGAGUGGCCCUGGAUAGCGGGACUCUUCAACAAUGGACGCCAGUUUUGCGGUGGAUCGCUGAUCGAUAGCAUCCACAUCCUGACAGCUGCCCAUUGCGUUGCCCAUAUGAGCUCCUACGACGUGGCACGUCUGUCAGUGAAGCUUGGCGAUCAUAAUAUCCGCUCCAACACGGAGGUACAGCACGUGGAACGACGCGUUAAGCGACUCGUCCGUCAUCGCGGUUUCGACUCGAGAACGUUGUACAACGAUGUGGCCGUCCUGACGAUGGACCAAGCAGUACCGUUUACGAAGCAAGUGCGACCGAUCUGCCUCCCGGCCGCGGACAGCACGAGAGCUUACAGUGGCCUCACGGCGACCGUUAUCGGUUGGGGUAGUUUGAGAGAAAAUGGACCCCAGCCAGCGAUCCUGCAGGAGGUGAAUCUACCGAUCUGGACGAACAAUGAGUGCCGCAUCAAGUACGGGCCGGCCGCACCGGGUGGCAUUAUCGAUACGAUGCUUUGCGCUGGCCAGGCGGCGAAGGAUUCGUGCAGUGGUGACUCGGGUGGUCCACUGAUGGUGAACGAUGGCAAGUGGACGCAGGUCGGUGUCGUUUCGUGGGGCAUCGGUUGCGGCAAGGGCCAGUAUCCGGGUGUGUACACACGGGUGACCGCCUUCCUGCCGUGGAUUAAGAAAAACAUCAACGAUGCAUGAAGCGGUUCCCGGUUCCCCGGUGCCACACACUCACACACACAACAAUUGCCAUUCACAAAAGUGCCCCUUUUUUCUCGACCCCACACUUAAUCGCGCUUGAAAAGAAGCACUUUUUUUAAACGUAAAUAAACAGUGACUGAAUAAACUAAA